UUUUGAAAUUCAUAAUACAGAACGAAAGUCACUGUUUUACACAGAAACACUGAUUUUCCGCUUUAUAAUCCACACCAAAAAACACGUAAAACAAACACCAAGCGGAGACGAAAGUUUUCAUCUUGAAAAACUCGCAAAGCGACGAAAGUAAGUUCUCUGUUUACAACUUCGCGCCUGCUGGCCGUUCAUCGAGCUAAAAAUGUAACGUUAGCUAGAUGCUAGCAUAGCCAGAUCAGAUGCAAUGCAACGUUAGCUAGGUGGGGUUGAAUGCAUGCAAUUUAUUAUUUAUAUUAUCAACAAAGUAAAUAUUAGAAAAAAACAAGUGUCCGUUCCUAGCUGCCAAUUAUUGUCACCGUUUGCUGUUGCUGCCUGUAACUAUAUUUACUUCCCAUAUUUUCUCAAUUGAUUCUGCUGCAUUCAGCUGGCCCCUCCACUUCCUGUCAGCAUGCCUGCUCUGCAGGACAGACCCAAGCUGUCGAACGCCAUGGCCAGAGCCCUCCACAAACACAUCAUGAGAGAAAGAGAUCGCAAAAGACAAGGUGAGAUAUCACAAGGCUUGGCUUGACUACUGCAUUCCUCCCCAACCAUAAAUAAAAAUACAGAUUUGGUACCACAAUUAUGCUGUUGGAAUUGGUGUUGGAAUCGUCAAGUUGAUCUCUUUUCUUCCAAAUAUUAGAGGAGGAAGAGGUGGACAAGAUGAUGGAGCAGAAGAUGAAAGAGGAAGAAGAGAGAAAGAGAACAAAAGAGAUAGAGGAGAGGAUGUCAUUGGAGGAGACUAAAGAACAGGUCAGAGAAAGUCAUUACAAACAGAUGGAGAUAACUAACCUCAGGAUGGGCUUUCUCACCUUAACCCUCUCUUACAUUCCCUCUUCCUCCUCACAGGUGAUGAAGAUGGGGGAGAAGCUGCAGGGACUGCAGGAGGAGAAGCAUCAGCUCUUCCUCCAGCUGAAGAAGGUCCUGCACGAGGAGGAGAAGAGGCGCAGGAAGGAGCAGAGGUGAGAGGAAAGGAGCCUCUGACUCCUUAGGUGCAUCUCAAGUGGCUUCCUCUCCAUGUCUCCUCUCCUUCAUAUUUAUGUAUAUGGUAACUGCAUGCUAGAUGAAAGCUGUUUGGAUGCCUGAAUGUGUCUAGAAAUUUAUUUUCACCAGUCAAGCUUCCUUAACGUUAGUGUAGGUUGAUAAAAGAAGUCAAGGUCAAUAAACCCUCCCAGUUUGGAGUAGGAAUGAAAUUGUAAUAAGGCCAUAUAUAUAUAUAUAUAUAUAUAUAUAUAUAUAUAUAUAUAUAUAUAUAUAUAUAUAUAUAUAUAUAUAUAUAUAUAUAUAUACACACACAGUGGGGGGGGAAAGUAUUUAGUCAGCCACCAAUUGUGCAAGUUCUCCCACUUAAAAAGAUGAGGCCUGUAAUUUUCAUCAUAGGUACACGUCAACUAUGACAGACAAAAUGAGGAAAAUAAAUCCAGAAAAUCACAUUGUAGGAUUUUUAAUGAAUUUAUUUGCAAAUUAUGGUGGAAAAUAAGUAUUUGGUCAAUAACAAAAGUUUCUCAAUACUUUGUUAUAUACCCUUUGUUGGCAAUGACACAGGUCAAACGUUUUCUGUAAGUCUUCACAAGGUUUUCACACACUGUUGCUGGUAUUUUGGCCCAUUCCUCCAUGCAGAUCUCCUCUAGAGCAGUGAUGUUUUGGGGCUGUCGCUGGGCAACACGGACUUUCAACUCCCUCCAAAGAUUUUCUAUGGGUUUGAGAUCUGGAGACUGGCUAGGCCACUCCAGGACCUUGAAAUGCUUCUUACGAAGCCACUCCUUCGUUGCCCGGGCGGUGUGUUUGGGAUCAUUGUCAUGCUGAAAGACCCAGCCACGUUUCAUCUUCAAUGCCCUUGCUGAUGGAAGGAGGUUUUCAUUCUUUCCUUUACACGGAUCAGUCGUCCUGGUCCCUUUGCAGAAAAACAGCCCCAAAGCAUGAUGUUUCCACCCCAUGCUUCAUAGUAGGUAUGGUGUUCUUUGGAUGCAACUCAGCAUUCUUUGUCCUCCAAACACGACGAGUUGAGGUUUUACCAAAAAGUUAUAUUUUGGUUUCAUCUGACCAUAUGACAUUCUCCCAAUCCUCUUCUGGAUCAUCCAAAUGCACUCUAGCAAACUUCAGACGGGCCUGGACAUGUACUGGCUUAAGCAGGGGGACACGUCUGGCACUGCAGGAUUUGAGUCCCUGGCGGCGUAGUGUGUUACUGAUGGUAGGCUUUGUUACUUUGGUCCCAGCUCUCUGCAGGUCAUUCACUAGGUCCCCCCGUGUGGUUCUGGGAUUUUUGCUCACCGUUCUUGUGAUCAUUUUGACCCCACGGGGUGAGAUCUUGCGUGGAGCCCCAGAUCGAGGGAGAUUAUCAGUGGUCUUGUAUGUCUUCCAUUUCCUAAUAAUUGCUCCCACAGUUGAUUUCUUCAAACCAAGCUGCUUACCUAUUGCAGAUUCAGUCUUCCCAGCCUGGUGCAGGUCUACAAUUUUGUUUCUGGUGUCCUUUGACAGCUCUUUGGUCUUGGCCAUAGUGGAGUUUGGAGUGUGACUGUUUGAGGUUGUGGACGGGUGUCUUUUAUACUGAUAACAAGUUCAAACAGGUGCCAUUAAUACAGGUAACGAGUGGAGGACAGAGGAGCCUCUUAAAGAAGAAGUUACAGGUCUGUGAGAGCCAGAAAUCUUGCUUGUUUAUAGGUGACCAAAUACUUAUUUUCCACCAUAAUUUGCAAAUAAAUUCAUUAAAAAUCCUACAAUGUGAUUUUCUGGAUUUUUCUUCUCUCAAUUUGUCUGUCAUAGUUGACGUAUACCUAUGAUGAAAAUUACAGGCCUCUCUCAUCUUUUUAAGUGGGAGAACUCGCACAAUUGGUGGCUGACUAAAUACUUUUUUUCCCCCACUGUAUAUAUUAUAUAAGGAUUUGCUGAUUGUUAGAAUUCUCCUGUCAGAUAUCUCACCUGUUUUUACCUCUCCUGCAGUGACAUCACAACACUGACGUCAGCCAGCUACCAGUCCAGUCUAACCAUGCACACAGGACAGCAUUUGCUCAACAUCCAAGGUAAGGUAUACAUGUGUUCAUGAGUGUGUUCUCCUAAGCAAUUACAUUAAUUGAACAUCAAAAUAACGUGGUCAUUUACCAGAUGCCUUUAUCACAAGCUGUUUAUUUUGAACACAUGAAAUCAAUAUACGUGGCACUGGCCCAUAAUUAGUCUAUCCACAAAUGACUUCUGAGAUCCCACCUGUCACUCCACCAUACUCCCUCAUCACUUUUUUGUUGUCUCUUCCCUCUAUCAGGCAGUCCAGUCAGUCACAACAGGCCCGGGGCUCUCAUGUCGGAGCGCAGUAAGCAGUUGUUUCCAACACCUGUCAUCCCGGUGAGUGGCAACUGGUUAGCCCUCUGCAUGUGUAAUGUCUCAUCUAACCACUAGAUGUCUCUAUUGUAAUGGCCAUCUUUCUAUAAAGCACAUUUUUCAAUUCUAUCUACGCAUCAAUAGUGUCAAUAAAGUGAGUUCCAGGCAUCAGCAGUCGGCUCAAGCUGGAAUCAAAUCCUUAACUCUGUAGUUACAGACACCACCCACUGAAACAUAGUAAAUGUCAAUGAUGCCAACAACAGACACAUAACCCAUGCUCUGUUUGACUGCUUAUAGAGUGACCGUUUCACUCUCCUCGCUCCACAGGGCCGCCACUACCAGAGCCAGCCUGGGUUCAGUGCGGGCCCUGCGGAGCACGGCCAGUUCGGUGGCAGUCAGUCGGUCCACGAGAGCUACGGCGUGGUCCAGACACAGCACCCCUCCACCUACGUCCCCGGCCCCUCUGUACCCGUCAGCUUCGCCAGCAGCUCCCAGAUCAGAGGUAGCGUGUGUGUGUGUGCGAGCUGAAUAUGAAUGCCAGGUCCUUAUCAUUACAUUUACUGUCUACAAUGUGCACUAUGUAGUAAUUAACAUUGCUAAUCAUGAGAGCAUCCUGACAGUAAUCCAGUUUCCCCACAGAGUCUGACCCUUGCUGACUGUCUCCUGUCCAGGUGCGUCUGCGUUCCAGGCCAUGCAGUACCUCCCUCAUCAGCAGCCAGGCUACGCUGUUCACAGUCACUUCACCUCCCAGCAAGGAUUCAUCCCUGGUGCUGGAAUACCCCUUCAGAAGCAGUUGGAACAUGCAAACCAACAGUCUGGCUUCACUGACGGGGUAAGACCACUGGUCAGACAGAUGGGGAGGAUGAUGCACUUUCAAGACAUGUGCACAUUAUAAGGUUGAGUUCUCUAUUCAACCACUAAACCUAGUUGUGAAUCUGUUUUAAUAAAAGUGCAUAUUGCACAAAUUCAAAUCUGAGGUGUCCUUUAUACUCACCUCUUGUCCUUUCCUUGUGUUGCCCUAAACUCCUGUUGUGUUGUUCCAGGGUGCUCUGAGACCCAUGCACCCCCAAGCCCUCCAUGCAUCCGUUGCUGGCCUGCUGCCCACCCCCUCCUUGGCUGUCCAGAUCCCCACUCCAAAGGUACCCCUCAACCCCUCCCCACCUCUCACUGUUGCUGCCCACUGUUGACCCACCACCCCAUCAGAAAUAUGAGUGCAUCUGAAAGCGGUUAUUUUGAAAAAAUGUAUUAUUGCUUUGCUCAUUAUUGAAGCAUAGAUUGAAAAAUGAUUGUAUUUUUGUUUUCUUGUACAAUUUGUCCAAGCGCUCCUAGCUAAAGCCAGAGUGAAACCAGUGUAAAUCUUGAGUAUGAAUUAAUCUUAAUAGUGAACGCAUACAUUUUAUGUAUCAACUGCAAAAUUCCAUUUGAAAUAUGCAUGGUUUGCCUUAAAGUUCUUAACUAUUGCUUAGUAACAUUUAAUUGACGUUGUUUCGUCCACCAGGCACCUUUCCAGAGCUCUCCCCAAGCGGCUCCCCGCCACACCUUCCUCCCCCACGCCCAGAGUUCACAGAGGUUCUAUCACCACAGCAAGUAACCACGGUUACCUGCCUUAACUAACUUCCCCGGGCGUUCUUAUCGUUGAGAUUUUAAUUGGCUCACUCAAGAUUCGAGAAGACUGGAAUUAUGGGACAGUAAACUUGGAUUAUGAUGGUUGAUUGUAAAGCCCAAACCUACAGGCUUGACUUUGUAGUAAUAUUUAUUGUAUAGUUCCUUUUAUUACUGCUUUAUUACUUAAGUUGUAGUGGCCUAAAUGUUCUAGGAAACUAUUUUCUUAUGUGAAACUGUAUAGGGUUAUACUUUCUCCUUUUUGAUUGUGUGUUUGGAUGUAUUACCUCGGAAACUAUGUCCUCGAAAUAAAUAAAUAAAAAUCACACGCAA